CCUAGCCAUCAGCAUCGUCGCCUCACGCGAGACAGACUUAGUCCACGCGCACCUCUUGGUCUCGCCCUCAGCGCCACAGCGCUCCAUCUGAGCCGUCGCCGCCCAGACCGCACGCGCCGCCAUGUCUCUCGCAGCAGCAGGCGCGCCAACGCCGACGCUGCGUUCGGCGCAGCUCUCGUCGCUCCUCUCGCUGCUCAACUUCAACCAGCCGACUGGCGCGCAGGACGGGCCGUCGAAGCUCAACGGCGCCUCGGGCUCGGCAGAUGCGCUGGACGGCCUCAACAUUCCAGAGGGCCCGCCCGCGUGGAAGAUCCUCGUGCUCGACAAGGUCAGCCAGGAGGUGCUGGCGACGAGCCUGCGCGUGCAGGAUCUGCGCGACCACGGCGUGACAUUGCACAUGCAACUGCAGUCCGACCGGCCGCCGCUGCCAGAUGUGCCUGCGGUCUACUUCGUCGCGCCCACACACGAGAACCUGAAGCGGAUAGCAGAGGACAUGAAGAAGUCGCUGUACGAGGCCUUCCACCUCAACUUCACAUCCACGCUGCCGCGGACGAUGCUGGACGAGUUCGCCUCGCAGGUCGCGCGCGAUGGCACCGGCUCGCUGGUGGCUUCGGUGUGGGACCAGUACCUCGACUACGUCGUGCUCGAGCCGUGCCUCUUCUCGCUCCUGCCCGGCCCGCCGCGGCCCGCUACGCAGCUGGUGCCAUCCGCGCCCGCAGGGAACGGCGCGGCAAAGCAGCGCGACUGGACGACAUACGAGCGCCUGAACGACACGAGCGCAGGCGAGAGAGAGGUGGAGGCGGAGACGGACAGGAUCGCGCAGGGGCUGUUCUCCACGCUCGCGACAAUGGGCACAUUGCCCAUCAUCCGCUGCCCGCGCGGCAACGCAGCAGAGCUGGUCGGGCGCAAGCUUGAGGGGCGCCUGCGAGAGCACAUCUCGAGCGCCAGAGGAUCAGCACACCUGUUCUCGGGCGAGAGCGCAGGGAGCGCAUGGGGCAGCAGCCGGCCAUUGCUCAUCAUUCUCGACCGCAACGUCGACCUCGUGCCGAUGCUGUCGCACUCGUGGACGUACCAGGCGCUCGUGCACGACGUGCUCGACAUGAAGCUGAACCGCGUCACCGUCGAGUCGACCGAGGGCGGUAAGACGCAGAAGCGCAGCUACGACCUCGACAGCAAGGACUACUUCUGGGGCAAGAACGCCGCCACGCCGUUUCCGCAGGUGGCCGAGGACAUCGACACGGAGCUCAACAAGUACAAGUCCGACGCUGCAGAGAUCACGCGGUCGACUGGCAUCAGCAGCAUGGAUGAGGUCGGGCAGCUCGAUCUGUCGUCCAACGCCUCGCACCUCAAGGCAGCCAUCACGGCCCUGCCGGAGCUGACGGCGCGGAAACAGACGAUCGAUGCGCACAUGAACAUCGCCACGUCGCUGCUGCAGGGCAUCAAGGCGCGCGGCCUCGACACGCUCUUCCAGCUCGAGGAGGGCAUUGCUCGGCAGGGCAAGGCAGUCAUCCUCGAGACGAUCCGCGACAAGACGCUCGAGUCGGCCGAGGACAAGCUGCGCCUUUUCAUCAUCUACUACCUCUCUGCGCCGGACGCCGUCUUCUCGAACCGCUCGGACGUCGAGGAGUUUGAGCGCGCGCUGUCUGAGCAGGGCGCCGACCUGCGGGCGCUGCAGUACGUCAAGAAGGUGCGCGAGUUGACUCGCAUGACGAUGUUGGCGUCGGCACCGGCCCCCGCACCGGCCGGCGGAGGCGAGCUAUUCCGCGGCUUCAGCUCGCUCAGCAGCAGACUCACGGACCGGCUGAAGGACAGCGGCCUCGAGAACAUCGUGGCGGGCGUCAAGAACUUCCUGCCCGUGCAGAAGGACCUGACCGUCACGCGGCUGGUGGCCUCGCUGCUCGAUCCGGCCGCGGCGUCGGCGCAGGUGCGGCAGGAGACGGACGACUGGCUCUCCUUUGACAUGCAGCCGCGGCGCGGGCGGCAGGUGGCGGGACAGUCGUCGGCGACGGGCGCCGGCGCCAAGGACGCCAUCGUCUUUGUCGUCGGCGGCGGCUCGUACGUCGAGUAUGCCAACCUGCAGGAGUACGCUGCGCGCACGGCCGGCAACAGCCACGCCGGCGCCGUCGGCACGCAGGCGCGCCGCAUUACGUACGGCGCGACGGAGAUCCUCACGCCCACGGCCUUUGUCGAUGCCCUGGCGGGCCUGUCUGGCUGAGCAGCGUGUGCCUGCAAUGCAUGGUCCAAGCAGA